GAUUAAAACCGAUUCAUCUUCCGGGCGCCAUUUUGGCUCCAUGUGAGCUGUGUUCUUGACAGUCAGGAUGUUUCUUCUGCAGGAAGGUGACCGUACUAGUGAAUAAAAUCUGUUAAAAUGUCUUCGUUGCGUGUAGUGAGGAGGAUGUUCUGUGCGGCGGCAGAAACAGCAGCAGCUCCGGUCACAGCCAGCAGAUGGGAAAGGCUGAAAAACAGUAAAGCGGGUGUCUGGUGUCGCAGCCUGGUCUCUGACUACAAAGAGGCAUGUCGGGAGAUGGUUGUUGGUGCGUGGAAGCGACCGGUCAAAGCCUCUGUAUACGUGACCCUGUUGGGCGGGGCCUGGGCCUGUUUCCACACAAACCCUGACCAGUCGUCCUUUGAAGCCGCCCUGCUGGAGCGCUCCAACCAGCUGGGCCUGCUGUCACCGUGGAUCCGCAAUGCGACCUCUGAUGGCCACGUGCAGAGUCUAGUGAAGCUUCGUAACAAGGGCCAGCUCCGCCAUGCCAGCCUGGGUCUUCUCUCUCUGGUUUACCGCGCCGACUACGACCCAGACACCACACUGUACGAAGCCCAGUGCUCCAAUCUGUCAGUACCCUGGAGGGAGCUCCUUCAGCGGAUGCUGGAUGUGGGCUUCAUUGGCCACUGGUGGAUCCUGGACUCAAAGAUGAAGGACUAUGAUGUGAACGAGGAAGAGUUCAAGCACCUGCCAGCACACAUGCAGGUAACCUCGCCACCCAGUGUUCAGGAGGUGGAAAGGAGCGAGAGGUUGCACAAAGAGUCCUGGUUAGCCCUGACAGUGGAGGAGGAGGAGAAAGAAACAAAUGUAGUGGACAGAAAGGAGGAGAGUAUCGGUGAAGAGAGCCAAAUAAAAGCACUGAAAGAGGAACAGACUCAAGCCUAACCACAUAUUUCACACUGCAGGGCAAAAACAUGCUGGAUAUAAAACUGUACCAGGGUAGUUAGUCUCAUUUGUCAUGCAGUUUUGGAUUCAACAAACAACUUUUAGCUUAUGUUUUUCAGCUAUGAACUGUCGAAACUGUUUACUGACGCCAUAAACCGCCAAGGCAAGAGGAAACAUUCGCAGCUUUAUCUCGUCAAGAAGAAAAAGUAUUGCAAAUAAUUUAUACCAUGAACCAUGUGUCGAUAAAAUCUGUCAAUUAUCUCCAGAUGUCUUAGAAUUAUCUUGUCUCACAACUCCAAUAAAACAUGUAUACAGACCUUCAGCCUUUUACUUUUUAAGGAAUUUUAAGAUAAACACAAGUUAGAUAUUAAUGUGUGGUGCCUGUUUUUCCACUUUUUUGGUGUACCCACUUUCCUACAAACUGGCUUGUUGCCUUUUUUUGUACCUGUGGGUGUGAAAAUAUGCCUCGUUAAAUUUCUGCAAGGUGGCGGCUCUACAAAGAGGCGCCUCUACUCUUUAAUUCCAAGCAGCUGACACUAAAACCUGGCAUUUACCUCUGAUGUUUCAAAUAACUGAAAUGCUAUAUGCCAUUACAGUGAAUUCCAUUUGUAGCUGCAGUAGCAACAACACAUCAACCUGUCACAUUGAGUGUGUUUACAUGGGCAUUAGUAUUUCGGUUACAGUCAGUUUUUUUGAGCAUGUAUUUGGGCUUGUAAACAUCAUAUCCUGGUUUCAUAAACCUGGAUAAGUCCUUAUCCUGGUUUUGAGAAAUUAAAAAACAUUGUUACUUGGAGUAGUCAGAUAGAAACCAGUUGGUCAGUAUGUGUGGGCAGGUGCUUCCUUAGCACGAGUUAGUAGUUUCUCAAUAAAACUAUAUUACCAACA